AUGGCGACUCAGUACCUCACGCCCUUCGUCGUGCCCGGGUACGAGCCCCCAGCGCCCGAUCCCGAGACGGGCGAGGUCCGCACCCGCAACUGGGACGAGCGCCGCGAGAUCAUCUGGCAGAUGAAGCAGAUGCGCCUCGUCCAGGAGGGCAUGGAGAGCCCCGUCGCCAAGGCUGCCAUCUCGGGUGCCAUGGGAUUCGCCCUCGGCGCCUUCUUCUCCCUCAUGGGCUCGUCGUUCACGAUCGAGGACCCGUUCCAGCGUGCCCAGUACGAGGGCAUGCACAUGAAGCAGAAGGCGCGCGUCAUCUUUGCCGACAUGGGCAAGGGCAUGUGGCGCCAGGGCAAGGGCUUUGGCGCCGUCGGCGCGCUGUACGCCGGCACCGAGUGCGUCGUCGAAGGAUUCCGCGCCAAGAACGACCUAUACAACUCGGUGUACGCGGGCCUCAUCUCGGGCGCCGUCCUCGCGCGCAAGAGCGGGCCGCGCGCCAUGGUGCUCGGCGGCAUGGGCUUUGCCGCCUUCUCGGCCGCGAUCGACACGUACAUGCGCCGCGAGACGGUCGACGAGGACGCAUAG